UUUAUUAUUGCGUCAUUUCCUAUCUUCAAUAAGUGAGUGAACUGAAGUUCUUCUUGAAAUGACAACUUUAGUUUUGGCUGGUCUUGGCAUUGCUGGUGCAGCUUUUGCUGGCCGGUUUGCAGUUCAAGCAUUGAAGAAAGUAAAUUUUGCAGCAGCGUUUGAAGCUAUUCCAAAGACACUACCAAAUGCAAAUGCAUUAAAAGGAUAUUAUAAAGGUGGAUUUGAACCAAAAAUGACAAAACGAGAAGCCUCUUUAAUACUGGGUAUCAGUGCUUCAGCUCCUAAAGCCAGAAUAAGAGAUUCUCAUAGGAGAAUUAUGCUGCUAAAUCAUCCUGAUAGAGGGGGCUCUCCAUAUCUCGCCGCUAAAAUUAACGAAGCAAAAGACUACUUGGAGGAUUCAACAAAAUAGCCAUCGCUGCUGAGAAAUAUCUUUGAAGAAUUUGACGGUAAUAACGUGUAAUUCAUAGUAAGGGUAACUAGCCGAGGUAACCAAUUUUUGGCUAGUAUCGCUACUAUACUAAGGUAUUGAAAUUUCUUUUAACGAAGCAUAGGUUGUAAAACAUAGUCUGGCUGAAAUAUUAUCAGAUUGAUUUUCUGUUGAUCGGACACUUCGGACCCCUUUACAAGAGCGAAUUUCCUUCGGUAAAUUUUCUUUGAUAUGGAGAAUUAUUAUUCAAUCUUUUUGUCUAAAUUCAUUUAGCGUAAAUAAUUGAUGACUGAAAUACCCCAAUCCCACAGGCGAAAUGUAUUUGUUGUAAAGUAAAUAUUGUGCGCGGGGUGAAGCUUCAUGUAAUGUUUCAUCGAUUACAUGAGAGACUCGUACUUUAGUUUCUAUAUAGUAAAAAAGAUGACAAUUUACAUAAUAUAUUUAUUGAAUUCAUUAUAUAUAUUGUACAUUGUUCAUUUUGAACCAUUCCGUUAAAUAAUAGUUUUCUAUAAAACCUAAAUAUUUGUCCUUCCAUCGAAUCACAUCUUUUGUGUUCCCAAUGUAUUGUAGUGCCUAAUUUCAUUCGCAAUACCAUGCAUGCCCCAAUAUUUCCCUUUGGCAGCUGAUUUCACUUGUUUAUAAAGCAAUUUUUGCU